GAAACCGCAGCUGAGCGUGACAUUUUAUUGUGUUUGCAAUUUGGAAAAUUGAAUUUCCAACGCGUUGUUCACCAUCCUGAUGACCUUUCUUCAGGUUUUACAGUAAUCCCGAACACUAUGGAUCGGAAAAUAGCCAGUUCUGAGAUUUUAAAUCCCACUUCAACCGGGUCCAGAAACGCAAGCACCGACUCCUUGGACUCGGAUUCGAAGUCCUGCUCUGUCAACUCCAAACAUGACACCGGGGAAAACUCAAGCUCAGGGCAGCAGAGCGAAAAUGCUUCGUCACCUCGACCAGAAGAUCUGCCGCUGCUGCCAGGCGAAAAGACUCAAGGAGUCGCUCGAGAUGUGACCUACCUUUGCCCUUACACCGGUCCUGCGCCUGGGGUCCUCACGGUCACAAAUUACAAGCUGCACUUCCGCAGUACGGAUCGCGAAACGCUGUACACUUUGGAAGUGCCGCUAGGAGUUGUCAGCCGGAUUGAAAAAGUUGGUGGCGUUUCAAGCAGGGGUGAAAACUCUUAUGGAAUUGAAGUGUUCUGCAAGGACAUGCGGAAUCUGCGUUUUGCCCACAAGCAAGAGAACCACUCGAGGCGCAGCGUCUUCGAAAAGCUCCAACUGCGUGCCUUUCCACUGUCCCAUAAUUUGCCACUGUUUGCAUUCGAGUACCAGGAGACAUUCCCUGAGGAUGGCUGGGCAGUUUACGAACCUGUCUCCGAGUUAAAAAGAAUGGGAGUUCCAAACGAUUCGUGGAAAAUUUCUCGGGUCAACGAGAACUAUGAAAUUUGUGAUAGCUACCCUCAAAUUUGGGCUGUACCUGCUUGUGCCUCUGAUGACGAUUUGCGAGCUGUAGCAGCGUUUAGGAGCAGGGGCAGGGUGCCUGUCCUUUCAUGGAUUCAUCCCACUUCACAGGCUGCCCUUUUACGUUGUGCACAACCUUUGGUCGGAGUUGCCGGACGCAGAAGCAGGGAAGACGAGCGGUACAUCCAGCUCAUCACAGAAGCCAACGCCCAAUCUCACAAACUCUUCAUCACAGACGCCAGGCCAAGCGCAAACGCAAUUGCCAACAAAGCCAAAGGAGGAGGCUACGAGUCUGAAGACGCUUAUCCCAACGCAGAGCUUGUCUUUCUCGACAUCCACAACAUUCAUGUCAUGCGCGAGUCCUUGAGAAAGCUGAAGGAACUCUGCUUUCCAACCAUUGAGGAAACUAGAUGGCUCACUGGCCUCGAAUCGACCCUUUGGCUGAAACACAUUCGAUACAUUCUUGCGGGGGCGAUUCGAAUUGUCGACCGGCUGGAGAAUCACAAGACCUCCGUUUUGGUGCAUUGUUCAGAUGGCUGGGACCGAACUGCCCAACUCACAGGUUUGGCUAUGAUUAUGCUGGACCCCUACUAUCGAACGAUGAGAGGAUUUCAGGUGCUGGUUGAGAAAGAGUGGUUAAGCUUUGGUCACAAAUUUGCCCACCGAAUUGGUCACGGAAAUGAACACCACUCUGAUGCGGAUCGAUCUCCAGUAUUCCUCCAAUUUGUCGACUGCGUUUGGCAAUUGACUCAACAGUUCCCAACAGCAUUUGAGUUUAAUGAGACUUUCUUGCUGAACAUCUUGGACCACCUUUAUACAUGCCGAUUUGGAACUUUCUUGUUCAACACCGACCGUGAGAGAUACAAGGAAGAAGUGAAAAAGAAGUCUGUCUCUUUGUGGUCCUUCAUGAAUGCCAACCUCGAUGAGUAUCGCAACCCGCUGUUCUGCCGCCUACUCCACGCCAGACAUGUGCUUUUACCUGUGGCGAGCAUGAGGCACAUGAAACUGUGGAAGGGUUACUACUGUCGUUGGAACCCGAGCAUGCGAACGCAGGAUCCUCUAAUUCCACGUUGCAAGGAGCUACUUGCCCUCCGUGCACAACUGCAAGCUCAGGUGGAGCAGUACAAAAGGGACGUGGAAGCAAAGAACAGCAACAGGCCGAACAUAGGCAGCCCUCAACGAUUGGCAUCGCCAAUCCACAGUUAAGUGCCGAUCUAUUACUGAAGCUCUACUGAUGGUGGUUUAUGGAAACUUUCCUCUUGUAGUUUCUGACAGUCAAACAUUCUUUUUAAUAAUAUUGAUAUAAUUUGUUAUCUCCUAUAUAUUUUCUAUCCAACUAUCAAAUACGAUUGGAACAAAUAAAUUAUUCAGUAAUUAUUAUUUCUACCGA